AUGGCGCUGGUGAUGGAGCCGGUGAGCAAAUGGAGCACGAGCCAGGUGGUGGACUGGAUGAAAGGUCUGGACGACUGCUUGCAGCAAUAUGUGUGUGUGUUUGAGCGCGGGGGUGUGUGCGGGGAGAGGCUGCUGAGGAUUAGCCACGCCGAGCUGGAGGAGCUGGGAGUUUCUCGCAUCGGACACCAGGAGCUCAUUCUGGAGGCUGUGGACUUGCUCUGUGCUCUGAACUCAGGUCUGGAGACGGAGAGCGUCAGGACUCUGGCUCACAAACUCGGCGCCUCGGCCAAAAAUCUACAGAACUUCAUUUCCGGCCGCCGCCGCAGCAGCCAAUCAGAGAGCAGGACCUCGCGCCGGCUCCCCAAUGAUCUGCUGACCUCCGUGGUUGACCUCAUCACAGCCGCUAAGAGCCUGCUGGCCUGGCUGGACAGGUCUCCCUUUGCUGCAGUGGCAGACUACUCAGUAACCCGAAAUAAUGUCAUUCAGCUCUGCCUGGAGCUCACCACCAUUGUACAGCAGGACUGUACGGUGUUUGAGACUGAGAACAAAAUCCUUCAUGUGUGCAAGACUCUGUCGGAGGUGUGUGAGCACAUCGUGUGCGUGUCGUCAGACCCGCUGGUUUCUCAGUCAGCCCACCUCGAACUGGUUCACCUCACCAACAUCAAACCCUCUGAAGGCCUGGGGAUGUACAUCAAGUCAACCUAUGACGGCCUCCAUGUGAUCACAGGAACUACUGAAGGGUCUCCAGCUGACCGCUGUAAGAAGAUCCAUGCAGGGGAUGAAGUCAUUCAAGUCAAUCACCAGACUGUGGUGGGCUGGCAGUUGCGUAACCUGGUCGGCUCGCUGAGGGCCGAUAAAGGCAUUGUGUCCCUGACCCUGAAGAAGCGUCCGCAGAGCACGCUCAGCUCUGCCCCUGCACUGCUGAAGAACAUGCGUUGGAAACCCCUAGCUCUGCAGCCAACCAGAAGCCCAGGCAGCGGUUCGGCCACACCCUCUGGCACACCCACCAAGAGCUCUGCCCUCCAGGAUCUUCACAUCCCUCCUCCACCUGCUGAGCCAUACACACCAAGAGAUGAGACCGGAGCCUUGUCUGGAGAUGAGGUAUCUCGCAACCACAGUGGCGUCAGCGUUGCCAAGCGCUCUGAGUCACCAAACUCCUUCCUGGAUCAAGAGACUCGCCGGCGAGAAGAGGAAGAGCCCGUGUACUGCACCACGCCCACAUAUGGCAGGCUGAGGCCCAUCUCCAUGCCUGUGGAGUGUAACUGGGUGGGCGACUAUGAAGAUCCAGCCAAGCUUAACAGAGAAAGUCGCAGAGAAGCAUCACUGAUGCGUUACGUAGGACUGUCUGGCGUGGACGAGAGGAUCGGCUCUGAUGACUACUCGUCCCACACAGCUCGUCCGGGCAAGCGGUCCAAUGACACGGCCAAACGCGCCAAGAGGCGGAGCCACCACAGCCAAAGCCCCUCCCACUAUGUCCUCCAGACAAGCCAGAGAGAAUCUCCACCGAGAGACCCCGCCUCCAUUUAUCACACAUACCAACAGUCCUCCUCUCUGCAGUCAAAGACCAAGAAGAAGAAUAAAGGACGGAGUUUGGCCUCCCUGAGUCGGAGGCGUGUCUCCUGCAAGGCGCUGGGCAGAGGAGACUGUGAGGGCUGGCUGUGGAGAAAGAGAGAUGCAAAGGGUUACUUCUCUCAGAAGUGGAAGAAGUACUGGUUUGUGCUGAAGGACAACUGCCUGUACUGGUACAUCAAUGAGGAGGAUGAGAAGGCAGAGGGUUUUGUUAGUCUUCCAGAGUUUAAGAUCGACCGGGCCAGCGAAUGUCGCAAGAAGUAUGCUUUCAAAGCAUGUCACCCCAAGGUCAAGAGUUUCUACUUUGCAGCAGAUGGAGUGGAUGACAUGAACAGAUGGCUGAGUCGUCUCAACAUGGCUGCUGUGGGCUACGCCGAGCGUGAGAGGAUACGCCAGGAGCAGGAUUACUGGAGCGAGAGUGAACAUGAGGAAGACACCACCUCCAGCCCCAAACAGGACAGUCCCCCACCUCCAUACGAUACCUACCCACGGCCUCCAUCUAUGAGUGCCUACUUGGAAGGCCGGACCACUCGACUGUCUUCCACGGAGACGUCACGGUCUCGCUCUUCGCAGGAGGACUUCCUCUGUGGCGACCCCCCCGCGGUGGCUGCAGAGCCGCAGUACCAUCCUGGUCCUCUAGGGGGAGGGACCACGCACAGUGGGAGAAAGCCCGGAGGCAGCAGCAGCAGCGACGUGCAGUACAGAUGUGAUCCUGUGGAGUACCGGUCCAGUCCCGCAGGGGGCAGCAGUGAGACGGGGUCUCCGGGCCGCUCUUCCUCAUCUCAGAGACGUUCCUGGCAGGACCUGAUUGAGACACCACUGACUGAGGCUGGACUGCACUACCUACAAACUGGACCACUAGAGGACGCCGUCUUCGCCGAGCCCGGUCCGGGCGGUGGGACUAUGAUGGCCGGAGCAGUUUACACUCUUCCUGCACAGAGGAAUGUCCCUUUGCCCGUGGCGAUGCAGAGGCUGAUUCCUAUGGCAACCCAGGGAGGGAAACCUCGCAGCUUCACACUUCCACGAGACAGCAACCUACACACACUCCUCGCUCCCCCUGCGAAAGAACAGCAAACGCACAACGGCGGCAGCGAGGGCGCAUCCCUGGGCGACCUGUUUCGGGCGUGCGAGCAGGGCGGGGUGUGUCCUCUAGGCCGCGGGUCUGAGGGCAAAGGUCAGUCAGAGUUCAGGCAGUCCUUCCUCCGACGGGCCGCCGACCCUCAGCUCAACGAGCGUCUGCACCGCCUCCGCAUCAUGACGUCCACGCUGAAGAUUGAAGACCUCCAACUUCACUGAGUCCCCCGCUCCUCUGAACCUACACCUCUGGAUGUCCCCCCCCUGGACGCAGAGCUCCCAUCGGGAUGUUCAAAUUAGCCUGACGGACAGCAAGAACAGCAAAUGAAAUACUUUCAACUUUUAAACAAAUAAAGUUCCCUGUCUCUGUGUCUCUG